ACCCACUCACUGCAUGCAACACCACCGCCGUGGCCGUCAUGGGGAACUCAGAGGGCUUGCUGCUCAUCUGCCUCGCUCUCCUCUCAGCCAUGGCCGGUGCAACCCAGUUUAGAGUCGGAGGCUCCAAGGGCUGGUCUGUGCCUGACCCUGAUGCAGUCUCCUACAACCAGUGGGCUGAGAAGAACAGGUUCCAAGUGGGAGACUCUCUGCUGUUCGUCUACCCUCCCGUCGAAGACUCCGUCCUUCUCGUCGACAAGGACGCCUACGACGCCUGCAACACGAACUCGUUCAUCGACAAGCGCGACGACGGCAACACCGUCUUCACCUUGAACCGGUCGGGUCCUUUCUACUUCAUCAGCGGUGUGGAAGCCAACUGCAUGAGGAACGAGUCGGUGGUGAUCGUUGUCAUGGCGGAUCGGACCAAUCGGAGCUCCUCCUCCUCGAGCCCGCCGCCUUCUCCUUCGGCAGCCUCUUCGCCGCCGCCUCCUCCCGAAUCAGCUGAGGCAACACCGGCACCGGCACCAGCUCCGGCCGAGGAGGAGCCCAACUCUUCUCCACCUCCACCAAACGCGGCUUCUUCGAGGGUGGUGGGCUUCAUGGGCUCGGUGGGGUGCUUCAUUGGAUCAAUCAUCCUCGUUUUGUGAAGUGUGGCUUGAAGGCAUCUCUUUGCUAUGCGUUUUUGGUUCUAUUGCCCUGAUCCGAGUGCGAAUUGCUGGGAAUAAGCUGUUUCAGUGCAGCAGCUAUUGGAUUGAUACAAAUUAACUACAUAUAUAUAUAUA